AUGGCUGAGACUAAGUGUCCACUAGAGUGUGAAUGCCAAGUUGUAGCUCAUCGGAAGAUAGUGACCUGUGAUGAAGGAGGGAUGACAGAAAUUCCAACGAACAACAUGGACAGAGAUACUCAAGUUCUCACAGUGACCUCUCCUCCAGAUAACCCAAAUUUCUUGACCAUUGGUCGAAUCUUUCUGGAAUUCCCCUAUCUGGAGGAGAUUCAUCUCACUAACUCCCACGUUCCAGCUAUAGGAGACAGUUCUUUCUGGCCUGGAAAGCGGAUGAAAAUACUCAAUCUAAGUCACAAUAACAUCACCUUAUUACACGACCAAGAUUUUAAUGGUCUUUCCAAUCUAGAAGUGUUAGAUCUCAGUAAUAAUGAAAUCUUCUCCACCCCUUCCGCCCCUUUCCGCUUUCUAAAUAAUCUAAAGUCGUUGUCUUUGGCAAAUAAUCACUUUCAAAGGCUGGUUCCUAGGUUCUUCUACAUGCUCAAAAAAUUGGACAAACUUGAUAUCAGUGGGAACCCAUUGAAAGAGUUGGAUCCCGAGAAUCUCAAGGAUCUUCGACCUCUGAGGAUCUUACGUUUGGCAGAUUGUGAGCUGCUGUCUUUACACUCUCUAGUUUACCAAAACCUUCCUAACAUUCAGGAACUUGAUCUUCGAAAUAAUAAUUUCUUUUCUCUUGCUCCCGAAGAAUUUAGACAUCUUAAAAAUCUCCGAAUAGUGCGUCUUGAUGGUAAUUAUUUAAGUGAAAUUCGGGAGAAGACAUUUGGAGGUCAUCAUCUGGAAAUAUUGGGAUUGUCGAGGAACAACAUUAUCAAGUUACUACCUUGCUCGUUUUGUAACACCAGUGUCAAAAUUUUAGACCUAAGCCGUAAUCGGUUGUCUUCUUUAACUACUGAUGUCUUCACCAUGGUAAGUAACUCACUGGACACUUUGAAUUUGGGGUUUAAUCCCCUAGAUAGUUAUACUGUGUUUACUACCGUGAGUGUCUUACAUCGACUGAGGAACUUGUCACUGGCAGGAAUGGACAUUGAUAAACUUCUUCCAGAAACGUUUAACAGGAAUCCAGAACUACGAUACUUAAACUUGUCACAUAACAAUAUUCCAGGAAUCCCAAAUGGAUUCCUACAACCAUUAUCUCGUGUCGAAGUACUUGACCUCUCACACAACAAAUUGCAAGAACUGACCUUUGAAGUGCUAUCCACACUGAACAGCACUCCAAGCCUACGGGUAUUUUCACUUCAUUCCAACAGGUGGAGCUGUCUUGAGUGUAAUGUAAGUCCACUUCAGGAAUACUUCAAUCAGUCUGACUUGUACGAAAAAAUCUGUCAGAGUAAAGGCGAUUGUUUAAAAUGCGCAACACCUCUUCAAUUGGCCGGACGAGGAAUGAUGAGUGUUCAGAGGGAAGAACUGAAGCUGUGUGCUAUAUCUUUACCUCAAUCACACGUAGGAGUGAACGCCUCCAAAAUAGGAACGAUCAUCGCUGUCGUCAUCAUAGUUAUUUUAGUACUGGUUAUUGCGUCAGCGAUUAUGAUCUACAAACGACAGAGUGCGGAUUAUUAUACUCACGAGCAGGAAAGAGUAGAGAACGCCGCAUACGAUAAUAUUGCCGUCGUCGACAAAAAUGGUGGACUACAAAUGGACAAAGUCCAGGAGAGCAUGCUGUUCACCGUCUGUUUGACUCUAUUCGCCUCGCAAUUUGUGCUUGACGAUGGAGUUACGUGA